AGAAAUUGUACAAUGGGUGCUUGGAUUUUUGCAUUACAAAUUUCCCAAACUCCUCAGCUUUGCAAGUUUACAAACUGCCACCCAAAAAAAAUUGUAUUUUUAAUAACAAAUUGGUCCCUUUUUUUCACUUGGGGUCCUUCCUUUAUGCUCUCUUUUCACUUUCCUCACUGUAAAUCUCUCUCUCUCUCUUCUGGGUUUUGGUUUCUGAAAAGAUAAAAAAAGGACCCAUAAAAGAGUUUGAGAGAGAGAGUUCUCUCAGCCUUCAACCCUCAUGAUGGGAUCUUUAGUUGUGGCGGAAUACAAUGUGUCCUUUAUUGGUUCAAAAAUGUUGGUCUUUUGGUGGUAAUGUGGAGGCUUGAGCACUUUCACCAUGGCUGCUGAUUCUUCCUUUGAUGCUGUCGUGUAGCUGAAGUGUUAAUGAAUUGGUAUUCAUAUGGCUCUUGUUCCACUUGCUGGAUUCUGAUAUGGAUAUUGCUUAUACUACAUUCUAGGUGCUAUUUUUGACUCGCCAAAAUGUAGUAAGUUGACUAUGCAAGAGAAGAGAGAACUUGUAUAUGAAAUUUCAAAGUCUCAUGGUGCAAGUGAGACACUGCAGUCAUGGAGCCGUCAAGACAUUCUACAAGUCCUGUGUGCAGAGAUGGGGAAAGAAAGAAAAUAUACAGGCUUGACGAAGCAGAAAAUAAUAGAGCAUCUUUUGAGACUCAUAUCCGAAAAGAAGUCAUCAGUGCCUGAGGUUUUGAAAAACCUUGAGCCACAGUCUCCUUCGGGUGGCCAUAAAACUACCAAAAGGCAGAGGAAAUCUGAGCAUCUAGCUCAACUUUCUGUUCCUACAAGUGACUUUCCAACCAGUAGUUCUCAUAAUGAUUCGGGUCCUACGGCUUGCUGCAAAAACUUGGCUUGUCGAGCAACUCUAAAUCCAGAAGAUGCGUUUUGUAGAAGGUGUUCAUGCUGCAUCUGUCGUCAGUAUGAUGAUAACAAGGAUCCUAGCUUGUGGAUAAGUUGCAGUGCGGAGCCUCCAUUUCAAGGAGACUCAUGCAACAUGUCAUGUCAUCUUGAAUGUGCUUUAAAAGAUGAAAGAUCAGGAAUUUCAAAAGCUGGACGAAGCAGGGGAAUUGAUGGGAGCUUCUACUGUGUGUCUUGUGGGAAAUUAAAUGAUUUGCUUGGGUGCUGCAGAAAACAACUAGUUCAUGCAAAAGAUACGAGAAGGGUGGACAUACUGUGUUAUCGUGUCUCUUUGAGCCAAAAGCUUCUCCGUGGAACUGAAAAGUAUAAAGUACUUUAUCAGAUUGUUGAUGAUUCUGUGAGGAAGCUUGAAGCUGAAGUGGGACCAAUAGCCGGUGUACCGGUAAAGAUGGGUAGAGGUAUCGUAAACAGGCUUUCAUCUGGACCCGAAGUUCAAAAACUCUGUGCUUCUGCUAUUGAGUUACUGGACUCGAUGAUCUCCAGCAAAUCAUUGCAUCUUUCGCCUAAUCCUGACAUUCAAGAUGCAAAUUUUGUUCCUGCAAACAUGGUUAUAUUCGAAGAUGUUCAGUCAACAUCCCUCACUCUGGUUUUAAGUUGUGAAAAUGGAUCCUCAGAGAACCAGGUCGGCUUCACCUUAUGGCAUCGUAAGGCAGAUGAUGCAGAUUACCCGGCGGAACCAACACGUAUUCUACGACAACCGAAGGCAAGGUGUGUUGUGAUGGGACUAUCACCUGCUACUAAGUAUCAUUUCAAAAUUGUUCUGUUUGAGGGGACAAGGGAGUUGAGGGAGUUUGAAGUUCAGUUCUCAACAAUUAGGGUGGUAGAAGAGAACCCAGGCUGUUUAGAAAUUGAGAGAAGCCAAAGCCACUUUACCAACUGUAGUGACCUUUCUAAUCCGUCUUCAGUUGAAGACGAAACUACCGACAUUCUUCCCUAUGGUGAUCGAACUGAUAACCUAGGAAAAAACUCCACUGCCUAUUCAAAGGGCACUGAAAUGCUUUCCUCGGCUAUUUUAUCCUCUGAUGCUUUUAACCUCAGUGACAAUGGUGAAGAAGGAACACCUGCAGGUACAGUUUCUGUGCUAGAUGAGGCAAAUGGUGCAGGAAUGGUAGGUUUGAUUCCCAACUCUGUUGCAUCAAAGCUCGAGAACAGGCAUGGUCCAAGUGUCCCAAAACUCAACACUGAUAAUCAGUUAAACGCCCUUGUUCGAUGUGGAAUGGAGUGCCAGCCAUUUGUUGGCUGUUCUGAAGAUGGCUUGCCUAUUACUCCCUGCAAGAUUGAAGUGUUAAAGGACAGUCUUGGUAGAGGUGAGAGACCAAAAUCCGGCUGCAAAGACCUCGACAAUAGGACUCGAAAAGGAGGGGAACCCCAAGAUGGUGGCACGUCAAAGAUGCGAACUGGGGAAAGACAGGAUGACAAAUGUGCUGAAAAUGGUGUUUCAGAUCGGGAUUUCGAACAUUAUGUCAAGGUAAUUAGAUGGUUAGAGUGUGAGGGUCAUAUCGAAAAAAAUUUCAGGCAGAAGUUUCUCACUUGGUACAGCUUGAGAGCAUCCCAACAAGAAGUGAGGAUUGUGAAGGUGUUUGUUGAUACCUUUAUUGGAGAUCCAGCAUCUCUUGCAGAACAGCUUGUAGAUACUUUUUCAGAGUGCAUUUCGAGCAAAAAACCAACGACUACUCCGCCUGGGUUCUGCAUGAAGUUGUGGCACUGAUUAACCUUCUCUUGCAUUCUGCUAUGAAUUUAUAAUCCAAACGCGUUGAGAGGUAUAAUGGUAGCAAUUCUUUGGAUGUCAAAAAUGUAUUUUUAGUUCAGACUCGAACAUUUCUGUUCAUCAUACUUGUGACCAUGUAAAUAUUGGUAUUUUUCAUUUCAUCAUAUGAUCUGGUGGAUUUGGUUAUAAUGUGAGAGGAUCAAUUUCUUGAAA